CUGGCUAGUUGUUGCCUUUGGUAUAGCGACUCUCUCCAUGAGCCUCUUUGAUUUCGCACACCCUGGUUACUGCCCUCUUCAACGGUGCACGCCGGAUUUGAACUUGCUGCCGUCUCUUCGUCUUCCUCCUCUGGCGGAUUUCCACUACAAACAUUAAUCAUGGGUUUUGAAUAACCAGAGAAGCCGUAAGAAACAAGAGAUUGAUGAGUAGUAGCAGGCAGAGGACCCUCAGCGGUGGGGGUCAACAUGUAUUGGACUAUUUGAAACGAAUGCAGGCUGAAAAUCCUGCUUUCUUUUAUGCUAUUCAGAGCGACACUGAUCACUCUGGUGGAAAUAUUUUCUGGGCUGAUGCAAACUCCAAGAUUAACUAUAGUUACUUUGGAGAUGCUGUUGUAUUUGAUACAGCAUAUCGAAUAAACCGGUACAGGGUGCCGUUUGCUGCUUUCACUGGACUAAAUCAUCAUGGGCAACCAGUAUUGUUUGGCUGUGCUCUCAUUCUCAAUGAGUCCGAGUCCUCUUUUAUUUGGCUUUUUCAAACUUGGCUUCACGCUAUGUCUGGUCAGCACCCGGUAUCUAUCACGACUGAUCCUGAUCGGCUCAUUCAGGUUGCUGUUGCACAAGUUCUUCCAGAAACUCGCCAUCGAUACAGUAAGCAGGUUAUAUUUGGAGAAACACGAGAUAAAAUGGCUCAUAUAUACCAAUCCCAUCCUACUUUUGAAAUUGAAUUUAAGAAGUGUAUUAAUGAGACUGAGACAAUUGAUGAGUUUGAAUCAUCUUGGCAAUCACUUAUUCAAAGAUACUACGUCAUGGACAAUGAAUGGCUACAAUCUAUGUACAAUGCUAGGCAUCAGUGGGUCCCAGUGUAUAUGCGGAACACCUUUUUUGGAGAGUUUUCUGAAAGUGAGGCAAGUCGAGAUUUAAACUCAUUCUUUGAUGGUUAUGUGAAUGCAUUAACUACCAUACAAACGGUUAUCAAACAGUAUGAAAAAGCUAUACAAAGUUGGCAUGAGAAAGAGUUGAAGGCAGACUAUGACACCACUAACACUAUGCCUGUUCUGAAGACACCUUCUCCUAUGGAAAAACAAGCUGCCAACCUCUAUACUAGAAAAAUCUUUAUGAAAUUUCAGGAGGAAUUGGUUGAGACUCUUGCUAAUCCUGCAACCAAGAUUGAUGACUCGGGUUCCAUCACCACGUAUCGUGUGGCCAAAUUUGGGGAAGAACACAAAGCACAUACUGUUAGUUUCAAUUCUUUUGAGAUGAAAGCUAGCUGCAGCUGCCAAAUGUUUGAAUACACAGGAAUAAUCUGUCGGCAUGUAUUAGCUGUUUUUAGAGCAAAAAAUGUUCUGACACUUCCUCCACAAUAUGUAUUGAAACGAUGGACAAGAAAUGCCAAGACUGGAGCUGUGUUGGAUGAACGUGCUUCUGAAUUGCCAAACAAUUCUCGAGAAUCUUUAACUGUUCGCUAUAACAAUUUGCGACAGGAAGCAAUCAAAUACGUUGAAGAAGGGGCGAAAUCUAUUCACAUUUAUAAUGUGGCAAUGGAUGCUUUACAAGAGGCUUCUAAGAAGGUUGCUGCUGCAAAGAAUAAAAGUUCAGAAGCCACAGAGAGUGGAGCUUUGACCAAUGGAACUAGUCAAGUGCUGCAUGUCGUUGAUGGAAAUAGAUCAUCCUCAUUUCAGUCUGUGGAUGAAAAGGAAAAGAAAAUUCGUGAUUUGACUGCUGAAUUAGAGAGUACAAAUCAACGCUGUGAAGUCUAUAGAGCAAACUUGCUGGCUGUUUUGAGAGAUAUGGAAGAACAGAAGUUAAAGCUCUCAGUGAAAGUUCAAAAUGCAAGACUCAGUUUGAAAGAAUGAAUAUGCUCAGGUAGGGGGGAAAUUGUAUGAUUAUGUGUGUCUACGCUGUGACAGUAAUUGAGAGUUCCACACUAAUUCUGGGAUCACCAUUUGUGGAAAUUUGAGCUGCCCAGGAGUUAUGAUGUAAUUUAGAAUGUAUCAUAUUUUUAGAUUUUGCUGUAAUUUAGUUGGAUGGCAUGUCGUUUGACAAUGAAGGAAUAGAGAGGGGGCUUUCAGGUAAGCCUGUUCUUGGUUGUCAUGCAGUGGUAGAUCGGCUGUUGAAGUAUGCAUCUAAGUUUCGACUUAAAUUAAGUAGCACCUGUAACGCAAGCAUAGCAAGUUGCACUGUAAUCCUAAAGGAUUUUUGUCCCUUAUUUAUUUAUUUAGAUUAUUAUUUUGGUACCAAAGACAUUUAUUUUAGAAAUUAAAAUUUUCUUUCUGAGUUCUA